UUUACAGCGAAAGUGAAAUCCCAGCUGAUAGCCUCACUAGAACGGUCCUCGUGUUUGAGCUUACACACGACGCGGAAUCCAAGUGCUCGCUCGCCUUUGCUCGUAUCGUUCAGCUCUUGCGCCUUCCCUUGAUGUCUCACAACAUGCUGGCUGGCGACGACAGGCAGGCAAGGGCCGGCGCACCGUCCAGCUCGCGGCCCACUGAAGGCUCUGCCCGCAACAUCGAUUCCAGCAGCCGACAUAUGUCGCUCUCUGAAACCAUCCUAAACCCGCUGCCUCCUAACCCCGACACGCUCGAGAACAGGGAUGUUUCGCGCGGCGUCCUUCCUGGCGAAGGAGAAAGCAUGUACAGAGAAAUGGAGUGGCUCAAGGAGACGCCUGUAUUCUUCUCUACGAGCAAGCAGUCGAUGAACAAUAAGAAACGAAGGCGGAAAACAACAGAUAGGGAAUUGGAGAUUUUGGAGACACGAUUCAUCGAAACACCACUGCCGUCGCCUGAGCAGCGUAAACUGAUUUCGCGAGAGACGGGGAUGACGGAUAGAGAGGUGCAGGUGUGGUUCCAGAACAAACGCCAAGCGCUCAAAAGAAAGAACCAGCGCGUGGAUGCAGGCGGUGGCGGAGACUCACCUGCCCGGAGACCGACUGCUCAGUACCCAUCAAUCCCACAACCGCAACCGCAACCCAUGUAUGCCGUGCCUCAGCCAUACGGCCUUCCGUCGGUAUAUGCGCCCACGUAUAUGCAGCCGCCUCAACUCCCGUCAGCGACGCCGCAAACGGCAGCCGCUGCCGCCGCCGUCGCGGCAACCGCCUCAUCAUCGUCCUCGGUGCCCGCCGGCCCUGGGCUUCCUCCAAUUCUCCCGUCGUUCAUCAACUCUGGCCCGCUGCCUGGAAUCUCACAAGUACUCCCCUCGCUGCCUCCGCCGCCCAUGUGGCCAUAUAUACCCGCAGUCUACAACGGGAUGUUGCCUCCUCCGACGAUGCUGCAGCCUCAUCGAGAAAUCCAAUCACCACAUUUCGCCGAAUUGAAGGAUGUGAAAGAGGAGCGGGACCUGGAGCCGGCGCGUAAGAAGCGUAGAUCUGAAGCCAGCGAGUUGGGAAAUGAAGAGGAUCAGGAGGAGGAGGAGGAGGAACAGAGUCCUGUAAAGGCGGAGAGCGAAGGGACACCCGACGACAGGUCCGAACGAAGCCGAGCUUCGACCGAGGGAACGCGCACAAGUCGAGAGCGUUCCAAUAGUAAUGUGGAACGACAGAGCCCACGCCUAGCAGAAAGACCGACCGAACGGGCUUCCGAGAGGCCGCUGCCGCUUUGGGAACCUCGCCAAGUCCAGGACAAAGAUCUUGCUGCCAUGGCUCUCAUGGAUCUCGCCAACUCCACUCGAGUUUCACCACCACAAGAAAACUGACGACGACGUCGUCAUUCCGGCUCACCCGUUACUUCCAUAUUUUGAUCGGCGCCACAUUCACAUUCACCUACCACAUACUGCCUCAUUGUUCCAUAGUCACAACUCACCCAAAACAGAAGCGCCUCAUCGUCGAAAUGCUAUAUACCCAUUCUCUGUUUUGCCUUACAUAGUAAAAGCAUUCCCCCACAUCAGAUCCUGUCAUUAGAGAAAGCACCCUUCCCUUCGACGUAAAUUUUGCUCUGUA